UGAGAGAAGAGCUCGGGCGGGAGGUUGGAUGAGGACCAAUCAGGCAAAAGGGGCGGUGCUACGUUGGGUCUCCAAUCAGGGAGCGAGGGCGGGACUAGGACCCGCGAAUCAGGAUUCAGAGCGGGGGAAAGGGGGCGGCUCUGGAACGCGGAGCUGACCCGGAAGCUGAAGUGGCGCGGCGCCGGGCGGACCCGAGCGGGGACCAUGAACAUCCUGCCGAAGAAGUCGUGGCACGUGCGGAACAAGGACAAUGUGGCCCGCGUGCGGCGGGACGAGGCGCAGGCGCAGGAGGAGCAGCGACAGCGGGAGGCUCGGGCGCUGCUGGCCGAACAGGAGGUGAAUGACUGCGCAUGCGCACGCCAUCAAGCGGCCGCGAGUGCGCAUGCACCAGAAGGCAAGGCCGGGAACAAGGAAUAUGAGGAGGAGAAGCGCAAGGAAAAGGAGCGCCAGGAGAAGGCUAUUGGGCUGCUGACCUAUCUGGGGCAGAGCGCCGCUGAGGCGCAGACCAGCCGGCCAUGGUACCAGGAAGCCCCUGACCGUAGCCUGGAGGCAGCAGCUGUGACCAAGCAGGAAAAGCUGAAGGGCAUGCUGGACCCGCUGCGGGAGAUGGAAAGUCACCUGCGCAAGAAGAAAGGGGAGGGGAAGAAGCGCAAGAAGGAGAAAGAGAGGCCAGCGGAGGAGAAAGUGGCAGUGGGGUGUAUUGGGAAGGAGUUCUGCCUCCCUCUCCCUGGAGCGGCUGCCGCGGGGGGGGCGGGGGGGGCGGCGCGGCGGGGCGGGGCGAAACCCCUGCUGGGUGGGCGGCGGGGGGAGCCCCAGCCGAAGGAGGAGGAGGAGGCGGAUGACAGGAAACGUCGCUACAACUCCCAGUUCAAUCCGCAGCUAGCGCGCAGGCCCCGUGCCUGGGACGAGAGGGAAAAGCACUGA